AUUGAAAGUGUGAAACCAACAUUGGUAUUGGUGACUAAUGACAGCAAUCCUGAUAAGGAGAUCAAGAAUGAAGAAAGAAGAACUAACUAUUUGGCUGAUCGAAAGGAUUGGAAGGCCAGGAAGAACGUGUUUGAUAACAAUAAAUGCAAUGUCUAUGGAAUGAUUAUGAAGAUGUGCACCGAUCACAUGGUGGACAAGCUUGAGCGAGAAGCUGACUUUGAUAACAAACUGUUCAAUGAUCCUGUGGAGGUAUUGAUGCGGAUCAAGAAAUUUAUGACGACUACUGUUGAUACAGAAUGGGAAUAUUUUGGUCUGUGGAAGACUAUGAGCAAUCUGAUUAAUUGCCAUCAAAAGGAGAAGGAAAACAUUGCAAGUUUUUGUAAACGAUUUGAAGAAAGGGCAAAGGCAUUACACGCUUUGCUUGGUGAUGAUUUUUUGGACAAAUUUACUGAGAAGAGUCAGGAAUAUGAUUUAUUGGGAAGCAAUGCUGAACGAUCCCAACACAAGAAGGAAUCAUGGGAAAGAUUCAUGGCCAACGGAUUUCUGUAUAAUUCCGAUAGAGCCAAGUAUCAAUCAAGAAUUGAUGGAAUGACGGCGCAGUACAGGUUGAAGCAUCUGGAUUUCAAACAACGUUGUACAUUUCCAACUACUUUGGAAAAUGCUGCUGAUGUUUUGAAUCAACACAAACACGAUAAUAGGAAGAAGAAUUCGAAUGGAGGAAAUUCGAAUGGACAAGGGAAACAAAAUAAGUCAAACAACAAUCAAAAUGACGGAGCUCAGUUUUCACAACAACAAACUUGA